UCCAUUGGCUGAAGAGGACUCGGCAACCGCCUGAGCCAGUGGGCAGACGGAGGCAGAUGACGUCGAUACGACCACUCCUCCCCGCGCUCGGUAUCUGGAGACGGAGGCUCCUGUCUUAACCCUCUGCGGCCCGGCUGCCCUAUGUGCACUCUGCGGCUGCACCUGCUGACGAUGGUGGUCCUGAUGCUUCCUGACGCCGCCCGGCCGCAGCCCUCCUCCUCAGCCCUACCCCUACCCUCCUCCUCGGUCCUGGGGCCAGUGACGCCCGAAGUGGCGACUGCAGCUCCGCCGAACUCAUCUGAGGGCCCUGCUCCCUGGACCCCAUCAAUGCCCGAGAACGCGACCACGGACCCCUUCCCAGCCCUACCGAUCUGUGUCUGUGACUUGACUCCUGGUACCUGCGAUUUAAACUGCUGCUGUGACAAGGACUGCGAACUUCUCCACCCCAGGACAGUCUUUUCCUUCUGCCUUCCUGGAAGCGUAAGAUCUUCAAACUGGGUAUGUGUGGACAAUUCUCUUAUCUUCAGGAGCAACUCCCCAUUUCCUUCCAGAGUUUUCACGGAUUCCAGUGGAAUCACACACUUUUGUGUCCUUGUGAACAAUUCAAAAUUAAACUAUUUCCAGAAGCUCCCAACAGUCAAUGCAACCAACUUUGAGGCCCUGGCUGCAGAGUUUGGGGGUCAGUCCUUCACCUUGACAUCAGAAACCCAGCCGUCACGACCGUUCUAUAGGGCUGGGGAUCCCAUCCUGACUUACUAUCCCAGCUUGUCUGUGGUGAGCUUACUGAGGCAGCCUGCAGCAGUGGGAGCUGGGGGACUUUGUGCCGAGAACAAUCCUGCAGGUUUCCUAGAGAGUAAAAGCACAGCCUGCACUCGUUUCUUCAGGGACCUGGCCAGUAGCUGCACCUCUGAGCCAGCCCUGGACGCUGCCUCUUACUACAACUUCACGGUCUUGAAGGUUCCUAGAGGUGUGACUGAUCUACAGAAUAUGAAGUUCCAGGUUCCUGUAACAGUUGCCUCACAAAGCAGUCCUCCUCUGCUGGCUGGAAACACAUGUCAGAAUAUUAUCUCCCAGGUCAUCUAUGAGAUAGAAACCAAUGGGACCUUUGGGAUCCAGAAAGUCUCUGUCAGCUUUAGACAGACCAACCUGACUGUCAAGCCAGGUGUUUCUUUACAGCAAGACUUCAUCAUUCACUUCAGGGCAUUUCGGCACAGAGAGGCUGCUUUUCCUACUGGCCCUAGGAGUGGGAAUCCUGGCUACCUCAUCGGGAAGCCACUCUUGGUGCUAACUGGUCACUUAGGUCACUCGAUGACCCUGUUGAAGAGUGAAGGUAAUGGAAUUUGCUCUGUUAAGAGACAUGAAGUACAGUUUGGAAUGAACACAGUAUCUGGGUGCAAGUUAAGACCCAAAGAGGCAAAUUGUAGCCACUUGCAGACGGAGAUUUACCAGACUCUUCAUGGAAGUCCCAGACCAGACCACGUUGCCAUCUUUGGUAAUGCUGACCCAGCCCAGAAAGGAGGGUGGACCAGGAUCCUCAGCAGGAACUGCAGUGUUUCGGCUGGUAACUGCACUUCCUGCUGUUUCAUACCAGUUUCCCUGGAGAUCCAGGUGUUGUGGGCAUAUAUCGGACUUCAGUCCAACCCACAAGCUCAUGUGGCCGGUGCUCGAUUCCUGUACCAGUGCAGGUCUGUACAGGAGCACCAGAAAGGAAUAGAAGUUUCUUUGACCACUGUUGUGAACUUUGUGGACAUAACUCAGAAGCCAGAGCCACCAAGGGAUCAACCUAGAACGGACUGGAAACUGCCAUUUGAUUUCUUCUUUCCCUUCAAAGUGGCAUUCAGUGGAGGGACCAGUGUUCAAAAAGACUCAGCCUCUCUCUUCCUCAUCCUGUGCAUCGUUCUACUUGGAGUUCUCAACUCACAGACCAAGUGAAGAAAGAAAAUAAUCAGGUUUCAUUUUUCCCUGUGGGAAACUCUAAGACAGCCUACUUAUUUUGGCUAAACAGGUCCUCAUGUACUAACGGUUACAGGAGGGAAUUUAGCGAAACAGAACCCAACUAAAAGGAAAAAAAAAAAACAAAAACUAAAAACCUUUUCCAUUUACUCACUACGUAGCCUUGGCUGACCUAGAACUCCCAGGAUAGACUAGGCUGGCCUCCCACUCACAGAAUCUCCCCAACCCUGUCUCCCCAGUGCUGGGAUUAACGGCAUGAGCCACCAUGCCCAGCCAGGAAUCUUUAUAAGUUGAAGAUGGUGGUCUAGAAAAGUGAUUAUACUGUUCCAUCAUUCUAGUGCUCUGAUCAGAGCUCCACAGGCCUUUGGGCACACAGCGGGGUUGUCUGCUUGUAAAGCUGGGCAGGCCAAGGGCCUCCGUCUCUCCACGUUGACUUUCGUCUGUCUGAAGUAUCUGCAAGAUCUGUCUAGCAGCUCACAGACACAUGCUCUUGCCAUCACCCAGAAUGAACUCAGAAUGGCUAGGCCUGCAUUAGCGCUGACACUUCAAGCCAGGAAACUGCUGGCUCUAUAUUUUGUCUUGCUCAUUUUCCAAAGUGUUGCCACACCCUUUGCCCAGACCUGAGUUAGGAAUGUAGUUCUUUCUACUCGUUUUCCAAAGUGAAUGGAAUCCCAUCUCCUCUUCUCACUAGCAAAUAAAUCCACCAGUCCUUUCUGUCCUUCCCUACUUUGUUGUGUGGGGGGUGAUAAAAAUGCCUGAAAACUCUGUGAAGUCCAGCAUCAUGGCAGAAGUUGACAGCCUGUGUUAGACCCAGAACAUUUUUAUGUGUAUGAGGCUUAAAGGGGAGUGGAGACUCUCAUAAACUGUGCAGUAGUGUUCAAAUAAGGGGACUUGGUUGCUUUUCUGGUGAAAUAUUCUUCCUUUAGUCCAGUUUUAUGCCUGACAUCUAUUUGAAGAUGUUUCUUUAAGGAUAAGGUAUUGGUAGAUAAGGUAUCACAGAGCCCUGACUGCCUGGCCAAUCAAUCCACAGAUGGUAACAUGCACACAGACUUCUUGAGGUCAUUUCCUGUUCUUCUUGAGUAAAGACAAAUUGGUUGAAAAUUAUAGUAAAAAACAACAACAACAACAACAACAAAACUUGAAACUUAAAGACUCAUGCUGUCCACUUAAUUAAAGCAAGUUUUUGGUGGAAGAAAUGACAUUAGAUCAAAUUGUUUUAAUUUAAUAAUUUAUUAAAUUCUUUUUUUUUACAUUAAGCCUUGGAAUAAGACAAUGAACAUGAAGUGUUAGGAUGUAAAAAAAAUAAGUCCAGUGAAAAUAUGUGAAACCUGAAAUUCUAAGGCACCAUCCCCAUCUGAGCAAUAUGUGCCACUGGAAACAGUCAGUGCAGCUUGCAUUGAGGGUGAGCUUUGGCCACAUAAUGAGAUUGGCACAAACAUCAAAAUCUGCAGGCCUGGGAAAGUGAAUGGGCCAGGGAAGUGACCUGGGGACCUGGGAAAACCUGAGGGGAGGCCCAGGUAUUACUAUGGACUAAACUGAUCAUAGGAAAAACACUGAGUGGAUUAAACAUGGAUGGAAACUCACUGUGUGGGAAUUUGAAAGCCAGGCAGAGAGGGGGUUGGAGGUUAUUAAUGCUCUGAAACUCAGAUUGGUUUUUGUUUGUUUGUUUGUUUUGUUUUGUUGUUUUAGUUUUUCAAGACAAGGCUUCUCUGUAUAGCCCUGGCUAUCCUGGAACUCUAUAAACCAGGCUGGCCUUAAACUCACGGAAACCUGCUGCCUCUGCCUCCUGAGUGCUGGAAUUAAAGGUGCACUCCACCACCACCCCACUCACAAAUUGUCUUUCAAUAAAACUUAGUUAUAACCCUGCUUCAGGAGCAGAAAAUGCUGACUAUACACCAUCUUCAACUGCUUUAUUAUUUUGUUCCAUUCCAGAGUCCUUAGCAAGUAGCCUUUUCUCUGAAAGGGGCAAAGUUCUUGCAGCAGUUACCACCGAGCGAGAAGCGCUUCUGCACAGCGCAGUCAGGGUCAUGGUUGCUGGCAGCACAGUUCUUAACAGAGCCUGUUCCACAGUUGUGAUCUAGCUAAGAAGCCUUGCUCCCAGACACAGUCACUCCCACCACUAGGGCUUCAAGUUUGGUCUUAGAGGUUACUGGCCCAAUGUGACCAUUUUCCUAAGCUGUGGGCUAGCUGACCCAAUCCACUUGGAGCCAACUACAAGUUCUCUCCAGAAUCACUCCCUCUCCCUCUGUUCUCCUUUGUGCAGAUGCUUAUUCCCACGCCUAGGUCGGGCAUCUGUCAUGUCACCUUUUCUGUUGAUGGAUUUGUUUGUUCAACAUCUCAGGUCUAGAAUCAUUCACACAUGCCCGUCACUUUUGUGAUCUGGAGUUCUCUAAGGUAAAAUACUGACUGAGCCCUGGGUCUGGAGAUUGUGGCUCACCUAUGGAAAGGAACAGGGAGGUGGCGGCUGUGAGAUUCUUUUACAAUAAAUAAGCAAUUAGAAAAAAGAAAACCUGUGUCCAUGU